AAAGCAAGCAGGCCUCUAAAGUCUCAUUUAUACUACACGAAUAUCACAAGCUCACAAUGCCACAGAGUGACUGAAUGCUCUCCAACAACCCGAGUUUCUGACCUCCAGAAUAAACAGCAACACAGAAGAAGACUGACAUAUCAAGUGACAGAGACGCACCGAAGGAGACGCAAUGACGGGCGGCAUCGCGGGGGUCGAGAGGUUCGACAGUCCGGGAAAAGGACGAGGGCUCCGCGUUACCAGAGCUUUUAAACUGGGAGAGCUGCUGUUCUCCAGCCAGGCUUACUCUUACGUGCUGUCAGUCAAAGAGAGAGGCUGCUACUGUGAAUGCUGCUUCAACAGGAAGGAGGGCUUGGCAAGAUGUGGGAAGUGCAAGAAAACCUUCUACUGCAAUGCAAAAUGUCAGAAAGCAGACUGGGCCAUGCACAAGCUGGAGUGCUCUGCAAUAACUGCGUUUGGGGAGAACUGGUGCCCGACAGAGAUGGCCCGCCUGGUGGCUCGGAUCCUUGCCAAGAAGAAAACACAGAAAGAAAGGUGCGCUUCUGAGAAGAUUUUAUCCAUAGAGGAGAUGCAGUCACAUGAAGAGGAUGUCGACAAUGAGAAGAGAGAGAUGACCGAGUUGGAUGUUGCCGGACUUCAUCGUUACUUCUCCAAACAUUUGGAAUUGCUUGGCCACAAAGAGCUGCUCACACUCUUUUCCCAGGUUGCCUGUAAUGGUUUCACAAUAGAGGAUGAUGAGCUGUCCCAUAUAGGUACUGCAGUCUACCCAGAUGUGGCUCUUAUAAACCACAGCUGUCUUCCCAGCGUCAUCGUCACGUACAAGGGGACGUCGGCAGAGAUCCGUGCUGUAAAGGACAUGAAGCCUGGAGAUGAAGUCCUCAUCAGCUACAUUGACCUCCUCUACCCAACAGACGACCGCAACAACCGGCUAAGAGAGUCCUAUUACUUCAGCUGUGACUGCAAGGAAUGUAAGAGCAAGUCCAAGGACAAGGUUAAGUUGAAAGUACGAAAGCGGAAGGACCCCAUUGAGCCAGACGUCAUCAACAACAUGGUGCGCUACGCCAGGAAGAUCAUCGGAGAGUUCCGGUCCUCCAAGCACAUAAAAACCCCCAGUGAGCUGCUGGAGAUGUGUGAGCAGAGCCUGGAGGAGAUGGGAGCUGUGUUCGAUGACUCUAACAUCUACAUGCUCCACAUGUUGUACCAGGCCAUGGGGGUGUGUCUCUACAUGGAGGAUCCAGAAGGAGCAAUCAGAUACGGAGAGAAGAUCAUCAAACCUUACAGCCAUCUGUACCCACCUUACUCUCUGAAUGUAUCCUCCAUGUACCUGAAGCUGGGACGACUGUACAUGGGAAUGGAGAGGCCCUCAAUGGGAAUCAGUGCUCUGAAAAAGGCAAUGGCUAUCAUGGAGGUGGCUCAUGGGAAGGAUCACUUGUACUUGUCAGAGCUGCGCAAAGAGAUUGCACAAAAAUGAGGAGAAAGUGAACUCCUGUACCACAGCUGACCUUUAAGGACUGAAACUCCCUUUAAUCAGGAGUUUCACAGAACUGUCGGCCCUUUCUACACAUUUUGGUGCCAAAGGAAAGAAAUAGAGAUAUUCAUGUUUUUAUAUGAAGACAUCAUUUUGUUUGGAUUACCUUGAUGAGACAGUAUGAAUGCAUGAUACUUUUGUAACAAGCACUUCCUGUUCUGUUGUGUGCAAAUGUUCAAUCUGACCAUAUGAAAGGUGAUUUCUACUCAAGACGACGUUUUUUUUUCCAAAA